AUGGCGGGCGAAGAAAGUUCACCAGAAUCCUCGACCGGUAGCAAAAAAAUGGACGAAUUGGAAGCGCAAUGGAGGCUAUACGAGGAAUACAAUGAGCUACAUGGUUUAGCUCAGGAAUUCGACGCGCCAACAGUGCUGGUAGUGAGCCGCCAGACGGACGGGAAGAGCACACUGGUGGAGUUACUAAUGGGCUUCCAAUUCAACCACGUCGGUGGUAUUAAAAAUGAGAACAAAAUACGCAUAAAGAGAUUAGUAGUAGACCUUCGGCUCGGAGUUGUUCACAGUCUUCAGCUACUGAAGGAACUUCUGCUGGAGAGAAGGAAGUCGCUGGAGAAAAGGAAGAUGCCGGAGAUCUUUUUUGAAGUUAAGAGAGACAGCAUUGUUUUUGAGUGCAAAGAGAGUUAG